CUGGACGUGCAUAUUUCGGUAACGGUUCGUAGGCUACACAUUGCUCUUAAGGUGGAAGUUUUGACCGUCUUGGCCCAAGGGAGCAAGCAGUGUCUGGUGGAACAGAUUCUACAGGCAGAGAAGAAAGAGGACUGUAUUCGUGUGCUCACACAGUUACUCUGUUCAUCAGACCACUGGCUAUGCAGCAGCACGGCCUACCUGUUUGGGGUUCUGAUGGAGAGUGAGGCUAUUGGGCGGACUCUGAGAGAAUGCAGUCACGAAAACAAUGACAGUUUGGUGGCCGUCUUGGGACAGCUCCUGACCAAAGAUGAUCCAGACACCAUCAUGAAUUCUGCUGGGGCAAUAGCCUCUUUGGUUGAGAGCUCAGAGGGCCGUCAGUGGCUGCUGAGCCAGCCGGUCUUCACACAGGUUCUGGAGAGCCUGUCUCACCUGCUGGGUCACGCCAGCGAGAGCACGGUCAACUCAGCUGCUCUGAUCCUUGCCCGGCUGUCCCUGUGCGAGGAGGCCUGCCAGAGCCUGUUGGGCCACCCCGCGGCCACCAGGACUCUGAGUCGCCUGGCGAGGUGCCUGGCACAUAGUGACACAGACACAGCCAUGAAUGCAGCCUUUGCAGUGGGACGCCUGUGUGAGAGCGAGCAGGGCAGGAGUCUCAUCUUGGCACAGGCCAGAGAACAUCAGCUGGUCAGCAGUCUGCAGGCCCUAUUGUGCACGGGGGCGGGCCCAGAGGCGGGACAGACGGCCUGCUUUGCACUGAGUUGCCUGGCAACUGAGGAAGACGGGCAUGCCUUGGUCCUGGACAGCCCCUCGUUUCCCAAGCUGCUGGAUGGCCUCCUGCAGCUGUUACAGAGAGAGGAGCACGACAGCACUUGGUUUGCAGCUAUGACUAUUAAAGUGCUCGUCUCGUGGCCCAAAGGAGUUGUGAGAGUGAGAGACCACCGCCUUUUGGAGAGACGCUUACAGGCCUUGUCCCUCUCUGCCUCCUCGGGGCUGGAGCUCCAGGAGGAGGUGAAUGCUUGCCUGAGGAGGUUGCAGCGCCUCCCUAAGCCUGCUCCCGUGAGCGUUCGCCGGCUGCCACCGGGGACGUGCCGGGUGUCCUGGGAGAGGUGUGCCCCAGAGAGUGGCCUGGAAGUGUCUUACUGCCUCCAGGACAAUGAUACAGUGCUCUACCGUGGCCCUCUGUGUAACGUGACCAUCCCAUCCUCAACCCUUCUAUCUGGAGAACCACUUUCACUGCGACUCAGUCAGUCAACCUCCGACGGGGACGUCAGUCCUCUCAGUGAGGCAGUGGCCGCAGAGGCAGAGAGGGUGGGACUGAGGCUGGGUCCUCCACGGGAGCUACGCGUGAUUGGCUGCACAGCCACACAAGUGCGGCUGAGCUGGGCAGGUCCUGAGGGAGAGCUGAAACCAAAAGGGUACCACAUCUACCGUGGGGACACACUGGUAGACACUAUCACUGGACCUGGGGUGAUAGUGAGUGGGCUGUCUCCCUCCACCCAGUACUGGUUACGUGUAUGUGCAGUGGGGCUGGCAGACAUUACCGGACCCUUUACGGAAGUGGAGGUCAGCACAGCUGACAUCCAAGACCAUGCUCCCAGCAGGCUGAUGGUGGUGGUGCUUGGCCGGCACGAGCUGCACAUCAGCUGGGGAACUCCGCUGGUCCCUCUGGGGCGACUGUUUAACUACGAGCUGCGGAUGAACGGCGAUGUGGCCUACCUGGGCACGGAGCGGGUGCACACGGCCCGAAGGCUGGCUGCCAACACGGCUUACACCUGCACUGUCACAGCCAUCACCUCCAGGGGGCGCCGUGAGGGCCGGCCAGUCACUAAGAGGACUGCACGAGAUGAGUACCAGCACACACACAGAUGUCUGUACUCACCCAACCGCCACACCCCCACUCAGAUGGCCGCCCCUUCUCCACCAGCCCGCGAGGUCAACGAGGUCAGGGAGAAGUCACACUCACCACCUAAACAUCUGCCCAAGGUCCACCUCACUAGCUAUCGUCACCGGCAGGGAACCCACAUCCGAGACGGACACAGGCGCUUCCCACCAGCCGAGCCGGAGCUGGGCUGUCGGAGCACACAAAAGGCAAACCAGAUCACGCCGGGGCUUGUGAGUGGGUUUGAUGUGAGGGCUUUCCUGGAGAGGAGUGAGAUGGGUGCUGAAGUAGAAGAGUGCCCCGUGAUGGUGCCCCUAAGACCCCCCUUACUCCUACCCUCAAAGACAGGUCAAAGAGAGGUCAACCUGUGGGCUCAGCCAUCACUGCUGGAUAGUGCUCUUAUUACAGCCAAAAUCACUCCAGGGACCUUACUGCAGUGGACUGCUACAAAAAGAGGCUCAGAAAACAGGGGGAGAUUACCACUUAUCAGUCCUCAUCCCUCAGGCAGACUGAGGUCCAUCCAGCCGGUUAGUUAUUCUUGGUCUGACCCGGAUUGGACUGGGCACCAUUCUAACAGGGUUCUUCGAAGCAGACUUGUGACGGGAUCCAGAGCACACAGCGAGGUCAGAGGCAGGCACAACCACACUGCUCUGAGAAUGGCCAGCAUUUAAACCCACUGAAUCUGACUGAGAUCAAAGGAAAACCAGGGACUGCCAGCAUAUAUUUUUUAAACCAGACAGGCAGGAUGCAGAGGGGAAGGAGAUGUGCUAAUAUCAGUAGUUUUCAGUAUUUAUUAUACAGUAUAUAAUAUAUAAAACAAAAUUAUGCUGACAACUACAGAGACAACCCCACCAACCUCAGUGGCUGUCCCAGAUUUAUAUAGUUGCCGUGUUCAUGUGUGUUGUUAGUCCGGUUUAUAUGUGUGGUAGAAAUUAAAUCAGAGGUAGGCAAGCAGAUGUGUAAGUUAUUGUGUAUGUGUUUGAUAUGUGUGUAAAUCCACAGUGUUUUAUUGGAAUUCAGGUGUCUUAUGAUUGGCUGGUUGACACUGCAUGUUGUCUGUUUGUGUCUCCUUGUGCAACACCACC